AUUUCUCGCUCUCCAAAGUCCAAACAGAAGAACAUAGCGUCAGAUCAGACUCAGACAGGAGAAGUUGAUAAGAACAAACAACAACGAAACCCUUCUCCUUCCCUACUCUUACUCUCUAUCUCAUUUCUCCUUCCGUCGUUUCUCUCAUCCCUCGCGAGCGUGCAUUGCAUUGCAUUGCUCUCUCUCUCUCUCUCUCUCUCAUAACACGACGACGUUGCCACCGCGCACCGUCGAUUGCUUCCGUAAGUAGCCUUUCGCAUGGGAAACGCUAACGGCAGAGAAGAUGGAUCCAUUCCCGGCCCCGCCGAUCCCUCCGUCGCCGAUCCCGCCGCACGUGGAACUCACGCGCCGGACUCCCGCCCCCCGGUUCGCGCCUUCUCCUCCGAUUCAAUGGCCAAUAGCCCGCCGCAGAGCCCUCGCCGCUCCAGAUCGCCGAUCCUCUUCGGUCCUCAGGUUCCUCUAGCUCCAUUACAAAGAGGUAAUGGCCCUCCUUUUCUCAAUCAAAUGUGGCAGAAUGAGUCUCAUGGUAUUGUUAAUCAACUUCCUGAGCAAGGGAUCCCUGUCAUGAUUACAUGGAACUAUGGUGGUAACAAUGUGGCUGUGGAGGGAUCUUGGGAUAACUGGACAUCUAGGAAGGCAUUACAGCGAUCUGGCAAGGAUCACUCAAUCCUUAUAGUCCUUCCACCAGGUAUAUAUCAUUACAGGUUCAUUGUUGAUGGUGAAGAGAGAUUUACUCCAGAGCUUCCCAAUGUAGCUGAUGAGAUGGGACAUGUCUGCAAUCUUCUUGAUGUUAAUGAUUAUGUGCCAGAAAACCCUGAUGGUGUGUCCGAGUUUGAAGCACCACCCUCCCCCGAAUCCAGCUAUGGUCAAGCAUUUCCAGCUGAGGAAGAUUUUGCAAAAGAGCCGAUGGCCGUUCCUUCGCAGCUGCAUCUUACUGUCCUAGGUAUGGAGAAAUCUGACAUAGGUUCCUCUUCAAAGCCCCAACAUGUUGUGCUAAAUCAUGUCUUCAUAGAGAAAAAUUUGGCCUUAAAGUCUGUUGUUGCCCUGGGACUCACUCACAGGUUCCAGUCCAAAUAUGUGACAGUUGUCCUUUACAAACCACUCAAGAGGUGAAAUAUGUGACGCUUGUCAAUUAUAUAAACCUUUUUUUUUCUUUUUUCUUUUUGGUAGCCUCAGUCUGUAAAGAUGAAAAUUUAAAUAAUACUCCUUGACAGGUGGUAUAUGAAGGGCUUAUGUCUAUAUAUGCUUGAGGCUUCUGUUCAAAUUGAUAAAUUAAACCUUUUUGCUUUUCAAUUA